CUAGGACCCCGGAACAGCGUAGUCUACUACCAAGUUUCAACUAGUCUUGCUCACUGUUCAGAACAGCGAGUGGCGACAACGCACUAGGAUUUGAACUUCAGUCUCAGAGAAAUAGUCAGACUGAUAUUCAAACAUGUCGUUCGGGGGAGGGUAGGCUCUAAUUUAUGUUUUCAAACCUAUGGCUCAAGUCAUCUAGUACCAAUGUCUUUGGCACUGGUAACACCGGCACGUCUACCUUCGGGCAAUCUAACGCGUCAAAGCCCGCAACUUCGCUCUUUGGUAAUACGCAGCCCUCUUCAGGAACGGGGAACACAACGACAGGCUUUGGUAGUUUCGGGGUGCAACCCCAAACCCAGACGCAACAACCUGCUCCAGGAAGUUCUGUGUUUGGAGGAGGCGCUUUCGGACAGACACAACAGCAACAGCCGUCCGGAUCGACUUCGAUAUUUGGGCAACCCGCACAACAGCAGCAGCAGCAACAACAACAACAACAACAACAGCAACCUACAACGUCUCUCUUUGGGCAGCCUCAACAGCAGCCUUCAGGUACAUCUUUGUUUGCAAACUCUUCAACAACAAAUACGACUGGGCAGCAGACUGGCAGCACCUUUGGAAGCACUCAGCCGCAACAAUCUACUAGUCUCUUUGGAAGCACGCAACCGCAGCAAUCGACUAAUCUAUUUGGAACUACGCAGCCGCAACAGUCGACUAGUUUAUUUGGAACCGUGCAACCACAGCAACAGACAAGUAAUUUAUUCGGAAAUGCCCAGCCACAGCAGCCGGGUGGACUGUUUGGAAGCACGACUGCUCAGCAGGCAGCUCCUGCUGGCGGGCUGGGGGUGAGUACAACGGGGACAUCGAUCUUUGGGCAGCAAAGACAACUAUCGAUGAUGAGUACCACGCCCAUAAGCGGACCUGCACCUUUUUUAAAAUCCACGAAGUUCAAUGAUCUUCCGGAUGACAUCAAGAAGACGUUUGAAUCUAUCGACUCGCACAUCCAGGGACGUAUACAAAUAGGCAACGAGCUUAAACAGCGAAAAAUGGGGGAAGAGGCGAUCAAGGGCCAGGAGUUAAUUCGCGAACUGCACAAGGAGCUGCUUGGUGUAUCCUCUGUUAUUCAAUCGGAUUCUCUUUUCGCCAAGGACUUGAAAGCGAAGACUGAACAAGCAGUUCAAGACACAAUCGUCGCAACCAACAUUAUCGAGGGCUUUAAGAACCCCCAUCAGAGUGCAGCAUAUCUCAAGAACCAUGCUCCGUUCCCUCUGGAAUUCUUCACCCGCGUCACGCAAGAGAUGCAGGAGCGUUUGCAGUGGUUCAAAAACACUAUUGAACAAAUUGAGCGAAAACUAUCCGCAUCAGCAUCCCAAUCCCAAAAUACACCCCAAGCAAUCUCAUCCACCCUCCAGACGCAGCAUGCCAUAUUUGUUUCGCUAGCAGCUAGGACUGCGGCUAUUGAUGCUGAAGUUCAAAAGGUAAAGGCGUUGUAUACACAACUGUGGCGCGCGAAAACUGGGAGCAUGCGUGACCCUUUCAAUGAACUAGACCACGGCAGCGGGGGAGAGUUUGGGAUGGAAUCGUUACAGGUCAAGUGAGGUAGCUCUGGAUAUUCCUUGAUUGGCGUGAUACCAAGUCCGGAAAAUAUAUUUUUGUAUAAACAUCGCAUAUCUGAUUACAUGUAUGAACUAUGAAUGUAUCCGCAUGCUGUGAUUAUGGCACGGAGCUUGCACUGA